GGUUGAUCAAUACAUCAGAUUUAGGGGUUUCCACCUCAAACCUGCAGGGGCUCCACAGGUAGUUACUCUUCACUGAUGUCAGCUUGGCAGACGGUGAGCGGAAAGGAAGCUCUGAGAGAUGAAAGAGAAAAAUGAUGAAACUUCAACAGAUCAUGACGACAGAACUUCUGCUUCCUCUUAUAAACGUCCUGACGGUAAACCAGCCUCACUUCUCUCUGUGAGACUCACAAGAUUUCUGCCUGCAGACAAAAAGGUAUGAGGAAGUGACGGCUGUCGGUCAGAUGAACACAGACACCAGCUGCGUCUGUCAGAGUCUGUAGAUGAAGGAAGAACCACUCUUUGACCUCAUCUGGACUUUAACAGGUGAUAACACUACCUGUCUUUAGCAGGGAGCCACGAUGACACCAGAGGACAUUUUCAACACUCUGGAGGAUCUAAAAGUUGAUGAAUUCAAGGAUUUCAAAUGGUAUCUGAAGCUGCCUGACAUCCUGGAAGGCUACCAACCCAUCAAACAGUCCAGGCUGGAGACAGCAGAAAGACGGGACACAGUGGAUCUGAUGGUGAACACCUUUACACUUGAUGGAGCUCUGAAGGUGACCAAGAAGAUUUUAGAGAAGAUCAAGAGGAAUGACCUGGUGCAGAGUCUGUCAGCCAACAGCUCAGGACCAGAAGUGUCAGUGAGUGUCGGUGAUGUUGGUGAGACUCCAGAGAACAGAGGACCUUCUUCCUCUCAGAGUGAAGAUGAGAUUGUUCCAGUACCAAAGCCACAACCCAUCUCAUAUUACCAGAAAAUGCUUCAGUCAAACCUUGAGGAUCGGUUUAAUUGUGCACAAGAGGGGUGGGCACAGAGGAAGGAUGAGCAACCUCUGGUUGAUAUCUACACAGAGCUGUACAUCACAGCUGGGGGUGAUGUAAACCUCAACAAACAGCAUGAGGUCAUUCAGAUGGAGGUGAAGCCAACAACAGAGGAAUCAAUUCAACCCUGCGACAUGUUCAAACCCCCCUCUGGUAAAGGAAGAUCCAUAAGAACAGUGCUGACCAAUGGAAUCGCAGGAAUUGGCAAAACAUUUCUUGUCCAGAAGUUUCUGUCGGACUGGACUAACAAAGAACACAAUCAAGAUUUACAUCUCAUAUUCCCCUUUACCUUCCGCCAGCUGAACUUAUGGAAGGAUGAAAAGUUAAGUCUGACCGAGCUGAUCCAUAAAUCUAUCAGAGAGACCAAAGACAUUCAUGAAGAAGCUCUUAAUCACAUCUUUACAACUCUGCAGUCAUCAGGAAACACCAACUAUGACAAAAGUAAAUUCAAACUAGUGUUUGUUUUGGAUGGACUGGAUGAGAGCCGCCUUCAACUGAACUGUUCGACCAAUAAUAACAAAGGAAGAGAUUUUGAUGUGACACAGUCCACCUCAGUGGAUGUGCUGCUGUCAAACCUCAUCAAGAGAAAUCUGCUUCCCUCUGCUCGCCUCUGGAUAACCACACGACCUGCAGCAGCCAAUCAGAUUCAUUCUGAUUUUGUUGACGUGGUGACAGAGGUCAGAGGAUUCACUGACCCACAGAAGGAGGAGUACUUCAGGAAGAGAUUCAGAGAUGAGGAGCAGGCCAGCAGAAUCAUCUCCCACAUCAAGACAUCACGAAGCCUCCACAUCAUGUGCCACAUCCCAGUCUUCUGCUGGAUCACUGCUACAGUUCUGGAGGAUGUGUUGAAGACCAGAGAGGGAGGAGAGCUGCCCAAGACCCUGACUGAGAUGUAUGCAGAGUUCUUGGAGUUUCAGAUUUGUCAGACAAAGAAGAAAUAUGACCCAAACAAGUUUGACCAAAGCAUGUGCAUUCAGAACAUCAAGACAUUAGCAAAACUGGCUUUCCAGCAGCUGAAAAACGGCAACCUGAUCUUCUAUGAAAGAGAUCUUAAAGAGAGUGGCAUUGAUGUCAGAGGAGCCUCAGUGUUCUCAGGAGUGUUCACAGAGAUCUUUAAAGAGGAACGUCGGAGGAAGAAUGAUGAAGUCAAGAUGUUUAGCUUCGUCCAUCUCAGUGUUCAGGAGUUUUUGGCAGCUUUGUAUGUAGAGAUGUCACUUGUUAACAAACACAAGAAUGUGAUGUCUGAACCAGCCCAAUCUUUUUUUGAACUUGUGCGAAAGAUCUUCAGCAAACCAUUAGUGACAGAGGUCUACAGGUUUGCUAUUGACAAGGCCUUACAGAGUCCAAAUGGACACCUGGACUUGUUCCUCCGCUUCCUUCUGGGGCUUUCACUGCAGACCAAUCAGACUCUCCCUGAAGGCCUCCUGAAAAAUAAGACAAGCUCACAGACCAAUCAGGAAACAGUUGAGUACAUCAAGAAGAAGAUCAGUGAGAAUCUGUCUCCUGAGAGAAGCAUCAAUCUGUUCCACUGUCUGAAUGAACUGAAUGAUGAUUCUUUAGUGGAGGAGAUCCAACAGUACCUGACAUCAGGACAUCUCUCCACAGAUGAACUGUCUCCUGCUCAGUGGUCAGCUCUGGUCUUUAU